AAUGUCUCCAAGUCAUGAUGAAGUUGUACGUGUAGCAGCACCUGAGUGGAAGACAACAGCGGGAUGUCGUCCGGAUCAGAAGCACCCUGCGAGGCGUCAUGACGCCGACAAAAUGGCCGGGAGUCCGGGGCUAAAGACGAGGUGUCCACUUAAACGUCAUCUAACAAGCAGUGGACAGUUCGGACAAUAAUCUGUCAGACAUCACCGCCAUGGCCCACCCUCCUGUUCGACGGAACUUGCCCGGUAUGCAGAAUGUCCGAGUAGACCCGGAGCAGUUUUUCACCAAGCUGGAGCGCAUUGGCAAGGGUUCCUUUGGCGAGGUCUUCAAGGGGAUCGACAAGCGAACUCAGAAAGUGGUGGCCAUCAAGAUCAUUGACCUGGAGGAAGCCGAGGAUGAGAUUGAAGACAUUCAGCAGGAGAUCACGGUGCUGAGCCAGUGUGACAGCCCCUUUGUCACUAAGUACUACGGCUCCUACUUGAAGGACACCAAGUUAUGGAUCAUCAUGGAGUAUUUAGGAGGAGGCUCUGCUUUAGAUUUGAUGGAGCCAGGUGCUCUGGAUGAGACCCAAAUCGCCACCAUACUGAGAGAGAUCCUCAAGGGGCUGGAGUAUCUACACUCGGAGAAGAAGAUCCACAGGGAUAUCAAAGCUGCUAACGUGCUGCUUUCUGAGCAAGGCGAGGUCAAACUGGCAGAUUUCGGCGUGGCAGGCCAGCUUACCGACACCCAGAUCAAGCGCAACACCUUUGUGGGCACGCCCUUCUGGAUGGCCCCCGAAGUCAUUAAACAAUCUGCAUACGACUCUAAGGCUGAUAUCUGGUCUCUGGGAAUAACCGCUAUUGAGCUGGCGAAAGGCGAGCCGCCUCACUCGGAGCUCCAUCCUAUGAAGGUUUUGUUUCUCAUCCCAAAGAACAACCCCCCAACCCUGGAGGGAAACUACAGCAAGCCACUCAAAGAGUUUGUUGAAGCCUGCCUCAACAAAGAGCCCAGUUUUAGGCCAACUGCCAAAGAGCUGCUGAAGCAUAAGCUAAUCGUACGCCAUGCUAAGAAGACAUCCUACUUAACUGAGCUGGUAGACAAGUACAAACGCUGGAAGGCUGACCAGUCCAGAACCACCGAAUCCAGUUCUGACGAGUCUGAUUCGGAGCAGGACGGUCAGGCUUCAGGCGGAAACGACUUUGGCAGCGACGACUGGAUCUUCACCAUCCGGGAGAAAGACCCUAAGAAGCUGCAAAAUGGAGAGGGACAGUUGGGGGCGACAGAGCAGAUGAUAGACAUUCCAAAGAGGCCUUAUUCACAGAACCUGUCCACAGUCAUUUCUCCUGCAUUCGCAGAGCUAAAGACCAGGCAGGAACAGGUGAGCCGGAACCCUUUGGUCCUUGAUGACUUGAAGGAGUCCAUCCUGCGGGCGGAAGAGGCUUACCCCGGCAUUACUGAUUCCCUGGUGGCUCACAUGGUCCACAGGUUUCAGAGUUUUUCCACAAGCAGGUCAUCCUCCUCUACACCGUAGGGAGUGAUCCAAUGCUGCCCGCCUACUGAAGCAUCUCGUCCAGCAACACAUCCCGCAAUAACUGCACUUGGAAUUGAGACCAUUGGUUGCGCAGUACUAGCUGAUUUUCAAGCUCUUUGCUUCUAGAGACUUCUUUCAAGACACGCUGGACACUUUUAGCCUGGAUCGCUGCGUGGUGUUUGUCUAUCAAUGAACUGAAGCUCACAAAAGCAGAGAGCAGACUUCAACCCACCACGCUUUAAUUUCAAGAAAGGAGCGUGUCCCAUCAGAACCUCACACGCACCAACAUGCCUACAGGUGAACAGCAGCGUUCUUCAUGCAAAACCUCAGGUAAAGCGCUUUAAACACCCUUGUCAGUGGGCAGGGUCUUCUUCCGGAACCCAGUUCAUUGGCUGUGUCUCGAUCGGUGCAUUUGCGUACUUACACUCAGUCUUGUAAGUCUGUUCACACUGCCAAGUGCGUGACAAUACAGUACACUGCAAUACCUGGAUAUUGCCCCUGAAAACUUACCACCCUUGGUAGUCGCCAACUUGGCUACAUUGCAGAAAAGGAGGGACUAACUGGUUACAAUUGAGAAGAAUAAGUGAUAUUGCUAUCAUUUCCAGAAAGUCUAUGACAGUCCUGGAUUUGUGACUACACCACAGUCAACAUUCACACACUCAAGACUACGUAAACUGUAGUACCUUGUUUUUGGUCUGUAAUCCCUUCCAAAAGGUCAGAUAAACAGAAAGAACAAAGUAAUUUUCCAGAUCAGUAAUAUUGUAAAUUCUAUGAGUCAGUGUCAGAAACCCAACAAAACACAAACACUUUUUAAGUAGAAUACCUAUAGUUUUACAUGCACAAAACAAUGUCAAAUACAAUGGAACCUCGAUUUACAAACUUAAUUGGUUCUUGAACAGGCUUCGUAAAUAAAAGUAUUUAGUUUCUCCUCAGGAAACAACGUUAACAUUUUAGUGUACAUUUGACUAAAAGCUUGUACACUUCAAACACAAUAUAAAGCGCUAUACAGUACUGUCAUACAUACCAAGGGGAAGAUGGAUUACCUUUCUAUUUAAUACCAAAGCCAAAAAAAUACAUCUUACCUGUUAAUCUUCCUAUGCAGCCGCCUCACACGCACACAUUUUCUUUUCUGUGAGUUUUAAUCCACCAUCACAAUCAAUUUGCUUCAAGGAUGGCGCUCGCUUGCUUUUUAAAGUAUUAUUUUUUUCAUGUCAGCCAUUUCAAUAACGCCAACUUGUCACAUUAAAUGCAGAACAAUUUCUACCCACACGUACGUACGCGCAGACAAGAUUCGUACAACAAAGCGUAUUUACUAUUCAGUCUGUGGUCUGUUAAUUUGAAAAAUUAUUUGGGCACUCUUUGGGGGACGGCGUGGCGAAGUUGGUAGAGUGGCUGUGCCAGCAAUCGGAGUGUUGCUGGUUACUGGGGUUCAAUCCCCACCUUCUACCUUCCUAUUCACGUCCGUUGUGUCCUUGGGCAAGACACUUCACCCUUUGCCUCUGAUGGCUGCUGGUUAGCGCCUUGCAUGGCAGCGCCCGCCAUCAGUGUGUGAAUGUGUGUGUGAAUGGGUAAAUGUGGAAAUACUGUCAAAGCGCUUUGAGUACCUUGAAGGUAGAAAAGCGCUAUACAAGUAUAACCCAUUUAUCAUUUAUUUGCGGAAUGAUUCACAGGCAAACUGACCAGUUUAUUACAUGCAAUGUUUUGGCCGUAGGAAAAAUGUAGGAAACAUUUACAAUGAACAUUGAGGUACCACUAUACUAAGGUGUACACAUUAUACUUAUUUAAGUGUACUGACGCAAGUACUCCAUUUGAGACACAGUCAAGGUGUACAAGAUGGCACACAUUGUAGAUGCUGAUCAAAGUUUUAAAAGACGAUCCGAUUGAACAGAGAAUGCUUGGAUUUUGUCUGUUAUGCUUUCUCAUCCUUUGAUUUAUAUGGGGUUUGUUUGCAAGAACAUCCCAUAAGUCUUUUCUUUGAGUUUCAAUCCACCAUCACAAUCAAUUUGCUUCCUUGUUUUUUAAAGUCCAAUUUUUUCAAUGUCCACCAUUUCAAAAAUGCCAACUUGACACAUUAUAUGCAGAACAGUUUCUAAGCACAGCCUUUAAUAGACGAUUGAACUUUUUUAACCAGGGGUGUCCAAAAGUGUUCCACUAAGGUCUGCAUAUCAAAGAAUGUAAGAGACGAGCGGUUGGUUUGAAAUUCUUUACAAUUUAAUUAAACGAAUCAAUCCAAUUUGUCAAGAAAAAAGAGCCUACUUAUACAUCUCAACCGCCAUUAAAUGUGUAGGUACUUAAUGUUUCAUAACAUUCUGUAUAGUUACGGCAAUGUAAUUUGCAAUCAUAGUCCCAAUUGAGUCAAUAGAUUAGAAGUUGUUAACAUGUUAACUACUAGCAUUAUUUGAAUUUCCAUUUUGUAUGGACUGUUCCAAAAUUGGAAUAUAUAGCAGUUCAGACCUUAUGUACAUAACUAGUUAGCUUUAUGUAAUCUAACUUUCUUGGUGCUAACUUUAGCAGUCUAGUUUAAACAUAUUGCAUUGACAUUUAGCACUUUAGAAACUGAAUAUUGAAGCGAUGUGUCAACACAGGUUGUUGGUAUGCUUACUAUUAGCUCAAAACGCUAGCAUCGCAUUGACAAUAUCAUUGUCCGCUCCCAAUACUGUUGAGAUGUGCUGAUGAAUGCUGGACUGACCAUUGCCUCAUCCUCUCCACCAUGUCUAUCCGUCUGAUGCAAAAAAGAAGGUGCCAAAAGGGACAAACUUGCUGAAGGCUUAAUAUUGAGCGAAAUAAUUGACCAACAGUUGCAGGCAGCCCUCCGUUCAGACUUGCCAGACCAGUACCCACAAGAUAUUGAAAAUCAUUGGGACACCCUUUCUGCUACCCUCAUGAACUCAUGCAAAGCCAUUCUUGGUCACAAAAUGUGGAGACAUCAAGAUUGGUAGGAUGAGAACGAUACCGAAAUUUAGCAGCUUAUAAACACCAUGCAGAAAACCUUCCUCUGCAACUGUAAGGAUAAAAGAGAACCCCUUGCCAAAGUAAAAGCAGCUGUCUAAUCACAGGUUAGAAACCAGUGGUGGACACAAAAAGCCCUGGAAAUCCAACAGCUUGCUGAUUAUGGAUAACCAGGGGCUUUUUUGAAAGAAACCACAAGAGCAAUAUAUGGCCCUAUCCAUCGUUGCUUCUGAUCCCCCUUUCGCUCUGAGGAAGGACCCUCCCUGAUGAAAGACAAGGAAACCAUAACACAGAGGUGGAAGAAGCACUAUGAAGAGCUUCUAAACAGGGACACCAUCCCUGAGUUUGAUGCCCUGGGCCAACUCCCCCAACUGCUGAUCAUUGAGAGUAUGGAAGAACCACCCAUUCUGGAAGAGGUGCAGGACGCUAUCAGGACAAUGAAAAACAAGGCUCCUGGGUCUGAUGGCAUCCCAGCUGAGGUCCUGAAAGAAGCUGGGCUUGUCCUCCUUGAACACAUCCACUCCCUGCUCAUUAAAAUAUGGGGAAAAGAGGAAAUACCUGCACAGCCAAGGGAUGCUUUAGUCAUCUCCCUCUUUAGGAAGGGUGACAACACAGACUGCGGCAACUGCCAUGGUAUUUCCCUUUUUUCCACCAAAAGGAAAGGCAUUAGCUCGGGUGUUGGGCAACAGACUCAACCCCCUGUCCGAAAGCACUCUUCCUGAGUCUGAGUCGAUUCUGUUCAAACAGAGGCACUAUGGGUAUAAUUUUAGUUGCUUGUCAGAAAUUAAACUGGAAAUUGUGAUGUAUCAUGUUGUAUGCAUGCAUGUUCGAAAUAAAUACAAACUCAACUCAACUCAACUCAGCUGCAAGAAAAGUGCCGGAAAACAGAAUCAGCUUCUACACAUGGCCUUCAUAGACCUCACCAAAUACUUUCACUCAGUCAACCGUCAGGUGCUCCGGCUGGUCCUGGCAAAAAUUGGCUGCCCAGAAAAAUCCAUCAUGGUGUUGCAGCUGCUACACAACAACAUGUAUGCCACUGUAUUGACUGGCUUUCGAGAUGAAACGGAACCAUUUUGGGUUGACACAGGAGUCAAGCAAGGACACGUUAUUGCACCAUCACUGUUCUCCAUCUUCAUUGCAGCCAUCCUCCACCGCAGGGAGUCAAUAUUAUGUACAGCAACAGAUUUAAGGUUGAAGGUCGAACCACUGCCUUAUCGAUCACAGAGCUGCAGUAUGCAGAUAAUAAUGCUAGUGUAGCCCUUUCAGAAGAGGACCUACAGUGCACCUUGACUGCUUUUGCGAAAGCUUCCAAACAGCUUGGUCAAGAAGACUCAAAUCCUUCAUCAGCCACUGCCAAACAGCAGCACUCUCCCGAACAUCUCCAUUGAAAACACCAGGUUGGAAAAUGUAGACCACUUCCCAUAUCUUGUCAGCUUUUUGUCAUCUAAAGCCACCAUUGAUGAAGAGGUACACCACCGUCUCAGCUGUACCAGCGGAGCAUGCUCUAGGCUAAAGAAAAGGGUCUUUGUGAACCAUGACCUCUAGGCAAAGACCAAAAUAUUAGUCUACAAAGCAGUGCUGCUCCCCACUCUCCUGUAUGGGUCAGACACAUGGACCACAUAUAGCAAGCAUCUGAGAGCACUCAAGGCCUUCCAUCAGAGGCACCUCCAAAGAAUCCUCAGAACGGACCAACACCAGCAUCCUGGAGCAGGCUGGCAUCUCUACUAUCACCCUCACCAUUGCCCAACACCUGCUCAGUUGGACUGACCAUGGGAUUAGGAUGCCUGACUUUCACCUUCCCAGACAAGUCCUGUACUCUGAGCUUGCCCAAGGAAAGUGUGCCCCAGGAAGCCAAAAGAAAAGGUACAAAGGAUUAAGGAUAAUCUCAAGAAGUGCCAUAUAUGCCUAAAACCUGGGAGGCUACAGCGACGAACACGGCCACCUGGAGGGAAACUGUCCGUAAUGGGGUUGCACAGUACAAUAAUGACCUCUUGUCUACGAAGGUGCUCAUUCAUCCAGGUCAUUCAAUCGAUCGCAACUGGACUAAGUAGUCCAGUUGCGAUCGAUUGAAUGCCCUGAGAUAAUAAUAAUGAUCUCCACUUUGCUGCAGAGCAGAAGCACAGGCAAAGUAAAGAGAUUACCUCCUCUCAGAAGGUUCCACUAAAACCCACAACUGCCCACCCAUGUCACAUCGCACCGAACUAUGUGGGUCUAGGAUUGGCCUCUUCACCCUCCUGAAAACCCAUAAGGACAAAGAAGGACGACGACAGACAUACUCAACCAUGUGUGUCCGCCAAUGAUGAUGUUUAUGAUGAUAGCAUUUGGGUUUUGCUGGCAUACUGCCCAGGUCUCAAAAUGCCAGAGGUUAGCAACAGAUACCGGGCCCAUUUUGCCAGUUAUUAUUAUUAUUUUGGCAUCUAAAUGACCUUUUCUGAGGGCUUUUACAUACUCAAUAACAUACCAAAUGUUUUAAAAAGUGUGUCCUGCCGAAAAUUGUUCACAUUAUUCAUGGCAGGACAUACUGAAAUCAUCAAAAACCCAUUUGGCCAUUUAGUUGGCAGAUGCCAUUUUUUGGGAAUACAUUUUUUCUGUGCAAGGGUCAGAUGCAGGCUGUGUUUAAUUGUCUCUUUAGAAUAUGUUACAGUCCAAAUAAAAAAUGAGCUAUGAGCCACAAAUGGAUGCACUUUGGAUACCCCUGCUUUCAAUGGUUAUGUCAAACGCCACUCUUAAUGCUCUCUGCACACAAGAACUGCCAUGUUUCAUUUUAGGCUUUCAGCCAUGACAUCUAAUUUCAUAUUUUUUGUAUUUCAACUAUGUUUGCACAAUGUAAGUGUGGCCAUCAUUUCAAGAAAACGGAAAGCGAAAGUUAAAGACAAGUUGCUAAUAGCCAUGUUUUGCUACGUUUACUGGAGAAUCUACUACUGUCCUAAUGCAGCAAUAACAAGUCGGAUUAGUCGUUAUACAGGGAUGAAGACAAAUUAAAAAAUAUAUAUCAACUGUAUUUUUAUAACAGCAGACAUAGAAUGCUUUACAGAUACCUGAUAAAGCUACACAGUGGGAAAACAUUACGCUAAGGAAAUAACUAUAAAACGUGUACAUUUUGUUGUAUCAUGGCUGGCAAAUUAUAGAAGUGUUUAUAUUUGCUUGUCAUCUCAAGGUAAAUGUUAAGCUUUUAAAGUGAAAUAAAAAAUAAAGAUUUAAUGUUACUCAGCUUUCCUGCCUCCCUCACUCUCAAUACUACAGGGUGUCCCUGAACUAUUGACAUAAUUGUAUAUACUUUAAUCUUUACAAAAAAUAUAUCCAUCCAUUUUCUACCGCUUGUCCCUCACGGGUAUUUAAAAAAAAAAAGUAAUAUUCAAAAUGUGAUUGUAUAUAUGUGUAUACAGUAUGAUUAAUGAUGUACAUCAAUCAAUCAAUGUUUAUUUAUAUAGCCCU